UCAUCAUCACAUGCGAUGAACCUCAACCAAACACCUGCAGCGUUAGACUUCGAACUUUACCUUAAUGGAAGCUCGAUUUCGGCCCUUUGCUUUUGAGUUCAGAUAUAGAAUUCGGGCAGUCAUGACAUAAAGCCAAACCUCACACCCCCAUUGUGUUUGCACUAUGUCACCCCUUACGGCCAUCUGGGUGAUGAUAGUGGAAGUUGCUUCCUUCUGGUGGAGGGUUAGUCAACACGACCCGAUCCCUCAAAAUUACUCCAAACUGAUCAAUUGGGGAUAGCAAAUAAUAAGUUGGUUGACGCGUAAAAAGCCAGCCCGCCUUUGGUUCGACAUCCUCCGCGAUGCAAAGACAUACGAAGAAUGGGAAGAGGCAGCGUUUCAACUCGAUGUGCUGUUAGGGAACGAUUUAUGGUCCGUCUCAACAUUGGAUCAACUCAAUUGGCAUUACUGACGUGUUGUUCUGCAGGCGACAGAAUCCUACCUCCAAGUACUACGAUUACCGCCUCAUCCAUGAGCGUUUGCAAUCCAUAAUAGUUGCGCGGGAGGAAGGGGAUACUCUGCAACUGGUCAACCUCCUCCGAUCCGGUCUGGUUCGGAACUUGGGCAACAUCUCCACUCCCCGCUUAUUCAAUCGGGCCUUUGCUGGGACAAAGCUGUUAAUAGAAGACUACAUUACGCAAGUUGCGCAGGCUAUUGUUGAUGUAACCAAGUUGACGACCUCUCCUGGAGCCGAUGGCAGUGGAGGCAUCCAGGGCUUCAGCAGCCAAGCAAAGCUAGAUUUGUUACAUGAUACCAGGCAGGCAUUUGGGAGGAGUACAUUGGUUCUCCAAGGUGGCUCGAUAUUCGGGUUAUGCCACCUAGGUGUGGUAAAGGCCUUGUUCUCGCGCGGGUUGCUUCCCAGGAUUGUGACUGGAACAGCGACGGGAGCCUUGAUUGCCGCACUGGUUGGAAUCCAUACAGAAGACGAAUUGCCACAGUUUCUAAAUGGGGAAAGCAUAGAUCUCUCUGCAUUCGCUGGGAAAAGUGCCGUACGAGAAAAUGGGAAGAACGGACCUUUCGUCGACAACUGGUUCAGCACUCUUGCCCGGAGAGUCCGGAGAUUUUGGAAAGAGGGCUACUUUCUCGACGUCACGGUACUAGAAGAGUGUGUGCGAGCCAAUGUUGGCGAUUUAACAUUUGAAGAAGCUUACGUUAGGACCAAGCGUGUGCUUAAUAUCACUGUCGCCACUACUGGAAAAAGUGGUGUACCAAACCUAUUGAAUUAUCUUACGGCUCCCAAUGUGGUAAGUUUCCUUUAUAAUGAUUCUUGCAGUAAAUUAAAUUAAUCCACUACAGUUGAUAUGGUCGGCCGCACUAGCAUCGAAUGCCUCAUCUCCUUCACUCUAUGGACAUUCAAUCACUUUGCGUUGUAAAGAUGCAUCUGGUGCCAUUGUACCCUGGUCUGCUGCUACCGACACGACUUUUCACCCUUGGACUCAUGCCUCAUACACUGAUAGAGACUCGCCAAUGUCUCGAGUAGCAGAACUAUUCAAUGUGAACCACUUCAUUGUUUCUCAAGCUCGACCAUAUUUGGUCCCAUUUCUUCAAAGCGAUAUGCAUGGACCUUCGCCAGUACAUGCUCGCCGAGGUCGAACUUCAUUGACUGGUGGUCUCCUCAGAUUAUUUACUAUGGAAAUUCAUCAUCGCCUACAGCAGCUUGAUAGCCUCGGAUGUCUUCCUCUUUCUAUUCGACGAUUCCUGGUGGAUGAACAUAUACCUGCAGCGUCCGUUACCCUGGUCCCGGAACUUUCUGCAGGUGAUUUCAUUCGCUUGCUCGAAACCCCAACUCAAGCUAGUCUUGAUUAUUGGAUGCUGAGAGGAGAAAGGAGUGUCUGGCCCGCAGUGGGGGCCCUCAAGGUUAGGUGCGCUGUAGAAACGGAGCUUGAUCGGGGCUAUCAAAUCGUGAGAAUGCGUAAAGCAAGUGGUCUAAGAAGAAGAGGCAGCGCUGUGGAUAAUUCAAAUGGGAGGUACACGACGAAAGAAAGAGAGCGUGCUAACAGUGCAUGCGCUAAGUAAAAGCGUAGGAACACUUGUUAUUGUUUUCUGGCGGUUCUAGCAUAAACUUUCAUUGGGAAUCAUAUCAUAGCGUAGGUAGGUUGGGCAUUUCAUGGUUUAUCACAACCCAUUAGAGGCGAAUUUUCCGAAUAAGUUCUUACUUUUUGUAUAAUAAUACAGGUAAUUCACCAAUCAAUUUCAUUUUACAGGCAUACAUAAAUCUUUCCUGGGGAAAAAGUAGAAUCAAGGCAGCCGAAUAAUAUCCUGUACGUCAAAUCCAGCAUUGGAGGUGCUACCAUAAACCACUCACCAGUUGAGAACGCCGUCAAUCAUCUAAACGACCGCGCAAAACAGCCAGCUCCUCAAGCGUCAUAAACCGGCCCGUCAACGGCAUAGGUUCACCUGAACACG